AUGCCUGAUCAACCAAAACCUAAAAUACUUCCAGAACCUGCUGCAGAUAGGCUCCGUGCCCUGGAAAAGAAAAUCAAAGCCAUAAAAGGAAACAACAUCUUCAGUGCUUCUUCCAUGAACAUGCGUUUGGACCCAUUCUUUGAUCGAUUAGUAAGUAGUGCAGCAUCUGACUUCGCACAUCUCGUCACGAUUGGAGACCGCAUAGAGAAGGGGUUGAGGGAUGGAAAUAUUCCUGGAGAAGUGACAACAUCUAACGCACCAAAGAAAUAUUCUGGAGGCUUCCCAAGAAAAAGAGAAGGUGAAACAAACACCAUAUCCAGGAAGUAUAAAGGGAAGCAACAAGCUUCAUAUGGUCAAGUCGCCGCCGUGGUACCUAUACCCUAUCAACAACCAAUGCAGCAACAAAAAAUGUAUCAACCACAACAUCAUCAACAUCAUCAUCAGCAAAAUACCGCACCACCAAGACAGUUCAAGCCAAGACCCCCAAGAAGACAACUUGAUUCUCUACCAGUACCUUAUAGUCAGAUAUUCCCAUAUCUGCAGAAGGAGGGCCUUCUAACAUUGAGGGAGUUAAAACCAUCCGUUUUUCCGUAUCCACCUAGAUACGACGCUAAUGCCCAUUGUGAAUUUCACAUGGGAGCACCUGGUCAUACUUUGGAAAACUGUUUCGCAUUUCAGAAUCGAGUACAAGACUUGAUUGAAGCCAAGGCCGUUUCUUUCACUCCAAGACGCCCGAACGUGAAUACCAACCCUAUGCUGACACAUAAGGAUGCUUCCGUCAGUGCCAUUGAGGAGAGUGAUGAAGGCAAACUGAUCCGUAAGGUUGAAGAGAUUCAAACCCCUAUCACCAUGAUAGGAGCACAAUUGCUGAAGAGUGGUCUGAUCCUGGAAGAGUUGGUUGAGGAAGAGAAUAAUGAAGAGUUGAGGAGUUAUAUACAACAAAUGCUGGAUCGAGGCGAGUUACAGAUAACUUACUGUGUCAAGAGCAAGUGUCAGGAAGAGAUAGCCGUGGUAGAUAUCCCCUAUGAUAAGGUCAAAGUAGAAAUACCUAUAAGCCCGUUGGUGAUAGAGUUCCCAGCACCAUUCGAAUAUAAAAAUGAGAAGGCAGUCCCAUGGAUAUAUCAACCCAGAGCUUUUAAGCAGGGGCGGAAAGAUAAACCUUUAAUGAUUAACGAACCAGAUGUCACUUCAAUUGUGGGGCCAACAGGAAUGACGCGUAGUGGCCGGGUAUUCGCACCAAGAACUGCUGAUACUUCUGAGAGAGCUAAAGGGAAGGAAGCUGUUGUCCAGAUCCCCAUCCCUAAUCAGGGGAUGCAAGUCUUGCACCUAUCUCCUAAAGCUGCUAUCACUCGUGAGAAGGCUGAGGAGUUUUUAAGAAUAAUCAAGAAGAGCGAUUACAAGGUGGUGGACCAACUAAACCAAACACCUUCCAAAAUUUCCAUGUUAUCUCUACUACUCAACUCAGAAGCGCACGGGAAUUCGCUGUUGAAAGUAUUGAGCGCCGAUCAUAUCACAAAGGACAUAACAAUAGAACAAUUUGAUGACAUGAUUGUGGUUGGAGGAGAAGAAGGUAUCUUGGUUAGUCACUUGACAUCUUUCCGAUAUAUCGAAGUGGAUGGUGAAAUCACUGAGACAACCUUCCAAUCCUUGGAAGUAGUAAACAUGAUGGCCAUUCAACAGACCUUGGAGCUCCCAAAAUCCGGACCAUCCAUGGCCUCGUGGCAAGGAGCUAGAGUUGUUAUGGAAAGUGAAGAUGCACAAGAUUGGGGCAAAGUGGUUGAAUUGAAAGAGAAACGAGACAAGUUUGGCUAG